AUGUCUCAAGGCGACAACGCGACGCCAUCAUCACCACACGUAACCGCUGUCGCCGUCAAACUACCUCCAUUCUGGAACCGUAAUCCAGCCAUUUGGUUUGCCCAAGCCGAAGCGCAGUUCCAUCUGUCCGGCAUCACUUCCCAGACCACCCGGUUCUACAACGUCAUCUCGGCUCUGUCUCCAACCGCCGCCGAAGAGGUGCACGAUCUCAUCACCUCCCCACCACCCGAGAACCCGUAUAACCGACUUAAGGCUGCCUUGCUCAGACGCACUUCCACAUCUGACCGCGAGCGCCUCAGGCAGUUGUUAUCCGCAGAAGAGCUCGGCGAUAGGCGUCCAACGCAGCUUUCACGUCGGAUGAAGCAGCUUUUGGGAGACGACGUUUCCGCAGCCGGUGACCGAUUCUUGCACCAACUUUUCAUGCAACGCCUGCCAACUAACGUCCAAAUGGUUCUGGCCACCGCGUCGUACCUACCCCUGGACGAGCUUGCUUCCCUUGCUGACGCGGUCAUGGAGGUCACCUCGCCCCACCAAGUCAGCGUUGUUGAGCGACCUACAUUCAGGUGA